UAGCCAAUGGGAUGGAAGAUUUUGCCACCUCUGCUCCAGCUGGCUCCUAUUUAAAGGGACAGCUUGUGAACUGGGAGCAGCAUCCUGAAAGAUUGUGCCAGAAGGUAGCUCAGCAGCCAGCGGGAUGAAGGCUGCCGUGUUCCUGCUGCUCACCCUCCUGGUGCCCGCAUGCCACACACAGGCUCAGUGCAUCAUUGACAAUAUGGUCGAUCUGAAGGUGCAGGCAGCGAUUAGUUCCAUAGUGUCCUCCACCCUGGCCAAAGCCAAGCUACUCUGCCAGGAUGUCUCUGCACGUGGGGCACUUGUCUCCUGCCCAGCAGGGUACAAGCCCACGGCCUGCGCCUGCGGAAUGGCUUGCGGCUCCUGGGACAUUCGCUCCGACUCCACCUGCCACUGCCAGUGCGGAGGCAUCGAUUGGACAGCCGCGCGCUGCUGCAAGAUAGGGCUGGAGUGAUGCCAAGACCCAGCCUGGGGCACUGGAGAGCCCCACCUGGCCUGCUGCCCCCUCGCCGUGGGCCCUGGCACAGAACCAUGGUGUGCCCUUUGUGCCCAGCGCAAUGAAUAAACUUGGAUCUGAGUCU